CAUCAUUAUAUGUCUCUGAUACAGUUAUUUAAUGUGUUGAAAUGGUUAAAAUCAUUGAGAUUAAAAGACAGGUGCAGCUGGAUAUCAUCCGUGUAAGAGUGGAAACUUAUGGAUGAUAUGACCCAGGGGUAACAAGAGGAGUGGUCUAGGGACAGACCCCUGGGGAACCCCACAGGUCAGCCUCAGUGUGAGCUGCCUAUAGCCACACUACAAGAUCUGGUUUGGAGGAGGAGAUGUGUAAUGUCUGUUAAGUUUCCUUUAUUUUGGCACAUUCAUGUUUCAUGUCUUGUCCUACCUGUUUACUUUGAAGUCACUAAUCUUUGUUCCUGUUUCAGAUGUGGUCCUGUCUGCCCCCCGCCCCCGAGUGAAAUGAGUUCUUGUUUUGAAUGAUAAACUCGCAAAAUGGAUGUUUUUUAUGGGGGGCCAUCAGGGAUAUUAUUCAGGAUUACCAUACACACAAAUAUAGAACAAAGCUUAUUCACACACUAUAGUAUAAACCUCACACACUUACAAGUGAAAUGCUCUCACACACACUACUGAAACACUGUCACACACGACUGAAAUGUUGUGUACUCACAGCCAAGGCAGAGAAAGCAGCAGCAUGUUACGAUUAACACAAAUACAUUAAAAUCCCCCCACAAAACAGAGCAAGCAUUAGUGACAAUGCAUAUGACACUGGUAAGAUUAGACACAACAUAAACAGGAGGAGUUGGGGUGGAGGUGGGUUGCAGAGUGGUUGCAGCAGGCAGAGUAGGCAGGAGAAGCAGAUUAAAUAGGGCGCCAUUUUGACAUUAGCCAAUAGGAUGUGUAGAGGGCGAUCACCUGAGCUAUCAGCUGACUGAGAGCUGGCUUAAGAUCAGCUGACUGUAGCCUUUCGCUUGACUCCAGGACCUGCCUGAACUACCGCUAUGCUUCAUAUCUUGUCAGGUAAAGCAUGGGCCAACAUUUGCUUUUGCCCUCAAAGGCAGGGUUGUAAAAUCUAGCCUUCAAUUUUCUUUCACCAAAUACAACUUCGGCAAGUGCUUUCUGAACUGUCCUCACAGCUGAUAUUUUGUCCCCUGGUGCAAUGAUGGAGGUACCAGUCAGGUUCUAUCCUCGUGAGGCAUGCCACUACCAUAAGAAACUGAUCUUUAUUCUGAACAGUAGCAUCAUGAAACAAGUGGACAUAAUGGGGCAAGGCAUAGAUCAGAAGGUGAGUCUGAUCAUUUUAAGGUAAAACUAUGGUAUUUAUGCUGCAAGAGGACAGCAAAUUCAAUGGCCUUAGUGUCUGGACAACAAAAGAUAAAACACAGUAAAGAAAUCUGUUUUUGAGGUGGAUGCAAAUACAUUCCUUUUCAUUUUGCUGUUUGGACAGUCAUUUCUUGGAGCACAAGUCUAAACCCACAGCAGGUUUUUUUUUUUGCCUGAUUGCAAUUGCACACAAGCAGGAUUACUCACCAGUUAUGUAAUGAGCGAGUGAGUGGCGGGGGGUAGAAGUCACAGCCCAGCAGGAGUGACAACUCAAGCUGUGGCAACAGACAGUAGGUCAGUACACAGCAUGGAAAACGCCCAGCUCACAUUAUCAUCUACCCUAUUAUGUCGGAUGGGCCUAAAACACAGUGUGGUGUAAAUUAGCUGUGUGGUUAACAAGAAAUACAACAGACCGAUUGCAGGUAAUGGGUUGGAUAAGUAAUUUCAGAUGUGUUACGAAAAUGGACUGUUAGCUGUGAAAGCAGACUUUGGUGUGCAUGUAGUAUAUUAUUUCCAAUGCAUUAAACUCUCACUUUGUUCAUUUAUGAGAAAAGGGUUUUGGUCUUUCAUGCACAGACAUUUUUUUGCUACCAUAUAUUCAGUUAGCUGGAAGCUUUGAGACGCACUGUUUUCAAUACAUCACACAAGAAAGCGGCUUCUUGCUGUUUUAGAUGAAUAACCUGCAAGUAAGAGAUAACAAUAACAGUAACUGUCCUACAAAGUGGAGUAAUAAACUGAAGUUUAAUCUCUUUUUGUAUUUUUCUAGUUCCAGUGGAAAACAGACUCAUUUCCUUCAGAGCUCUCCAUUGCACCUGCCAAAGGCUAUAUCUCUCUAGACAAGGAAGUUCCUCUUCAAGUGACUUUUGCUCCUGUGAACCUGAAUAAGGACACAAGAUAUAAGAAUGUGACAUGCAAGGGAGGGCUUCUCUUCCCCUUUUAUCCUCAAUGUGACCGGCUCCUGCACAGUAGCGUUCACCAGCAAAGAGGUUCGAUUCAUUAACUCCAUAUACUAUCAGUUAUUGAAUAUUUACUCUGUUGGGGUUGUGCAUGUGAUGAACAGUGGUGUAAAACUUUAUUUUGAGUAGAUAAUUUGCAGAAACACUGCAACCACAAACCAAAAGUAUACAUGAUUAUACAUCUCUCCAAUCGCUUAUUACCAAGUGGUGAAACACAUCUCUCCAAUCUCUUAUUACCAGGUGGUGAAAUACAUCUCUCCGAUCUCUUAUUACUAGGUGGUGAAUUAUGUUUGCCCAGUGCGGCGCUCCUACACACAGACACUUACUGUGUCUAACCGUACAAACCAGCACUGCUGGAUCAAACCUGUCAUCGAGGGUGAGCAGUGGGGUGCUGAGACUUCCAUCAACUUUGAACCACUCCAACAAACCACUGACCAUGACUGCAGAUAAGAAGAAACACCUGGUAAAGAGCUCUUAACAGUCCCUCUACCUGUGUGCUCCUUGCGGACCGCUAAAACUGUGCGAUUCAUUGUUCAAUCAACCCAGACAUGACCUUGUUUUUUGUCUCUCUUCGGUCUUCACAGGGAUUUGUCUUUUUCUCUUUUCCUGAUGGGAGCGGCAUGCUCUACUCCCUGCAGGGGACAGCUGAGCCUCCUAAGCCAGAGGACACCAUUCCACAUGAGCUGCCUGCCAAGACUUACCAGACACAGAUGAUCCCUGUACACAACUGGCUCUCCAAGCAACAGCGGUAAACACACACACAAACAUAAACAUCUUUAAGUCUCAAGUUUUUUUAAUUUUUGUUUUACAUUAUAUAUUGCAGAAACAAUCAACUUGCAAAAGCAGACUUAUUUUUCAUUAUUUGGAGACAAUAGAAACACACUGCACACUCACUGCCAUGUCAUCACCACCAAGUUGGACAAUAACAAUACUUCCUAUUGACAAACCAGCAUUUUCCACAUCAUUCCUUCAGUAUCAAGUUGUAGUCCACCCAAAAUUGUAAUUCCAACACUUACUUUCUUUUGGCUAAGUUUUGGUAUUUUUCAACACCUGAUUCUUGCUGCUCAAAAGCUUGGCCAUUUCACCAGCUGUUGCCCAAUGCACCUGGCAUUAGGUCAGCACUAGGUAGGUAGUGUAAUGUAGAUUUAUCACCAUAGUGCCAUACAGAUUUAUUCACUACUUCCUGAGACACUUUGAAAACAGGAGGAGUUUAAUCAUAAAUAAUAAUUAAUAAUUAUAAUAAUAGUAAAUUGCGGCAGCCCUGCUAAAAAAAAAGGAAAUAAAAGAGGACAUCUUCUGUACUGUACUUCCUUUUAACCAUCUAAAAUAUCAGCCUCUCAAUUUUCAUCCAAUUAUUUGUUCUAAACAUCAUAUUUCAGUCUGUAAUUUGAUUAAUUAAUUCAUCAAAACACUGAAUUACACACUCAUAAUGUAUAUCGCACAAAGAAAAAAGAUAACUGUCCCGCUAAAUUCCCCUCUGUACCCGCUGUUUUAGCACAUUUUUACUAUUAAAUAAAAUGCGAAAAAAUAAAGUAAUUAUAAGUUGCUUCAAAAGAGUAGCAGCUCAUUUUGCAAUAAUAAUGACUAUGUAAAAGAACAUCUCACCAUUAAGUCUUAAAAUAUAGUAACAUGAUUCUACUAGACAUAACUUGCAGGAGGUUAAUGCGAUUCAGCUAUUUUGGAUAGCACUUUGUGAUCUGCCAGAAUUAUUGUAGUGCAAAAGGUGUCCUCCGGGGGGCAGAAGACUAGUGUCAAAAUGUACACAUCAGAGUUUUGAGCAAAGUUUUUACCAUUUUGUGGUGCAAUAGGUCUCAGAAAUGUAUGUAUCAAUGAUACCCAUGGCAUUAUAGGUUUAAAAAAGUUUUUUGUUAUAUACCCAGUGCUUCUCAAAGAUAGUGUCUUGAAUAUUUUUUUAUUUUAGGACUGAGCAAAAAUUCUGACAUACUUGAAUUUACAUACACUGAUAAUUAAGUUAAUAACUGUAUUGACUAGAAACUCUCUAUGUCAGGACCUUUGGUCAUGAGUGUCCCUGUACUCAGGUUUUGUGUGCUGAUGGAAAUCCUGAAUCCUGACAAGACAGAUGCCACAGUGUCCCUCAGUGGUUUUGAAUACAUUGAUGUCCCCUCCUUGUCCAAAAGAGACUACAAAAUGUGUUUUUAUACCUACAAAGAGGGGCAGUUCAAUACCAAGGUUUGAGCCUAGACAGAUUCACAGAUCUGAUAUGAUCCUUAGCCUUCUUCAUAUGUGGACCUCUACUUCUCCUCAGGUGAUGUUUCAAAACAGGACAUCUGGCGAGUAUUUGUUUUACCUUGUUAGCUUCAAGGUGACUUCUCCAGGGGUAAUAUCUUCCAUAGAGCUAGAAACAGCUGUUCGUUGGAUGAUCCUAGCCACUGUGCAGGUGGAGAACCCUCUCACCACCACGGGCGUGCCUCAGUACUGAAUGUAGCAGUCCUGACAUCGGCGCACCAAAUUUGCACACUGUGCCAGGACAGUCCAAGGUGGAGCUUGAGUUCAUCAUUCUAUUGAAAGAGAGGUGUAUACUGACAGUAUUUAAUAUAUGUUUCUUAUGAGUGUGUCUUCCUUUUUAGAGUUCUCUGAGCUUUGAAUACCUGCCACUGCAUGCAGGUGAGUCUACGGCUCGACUCACUCUGAACUCUCCUGAUCUGGGCUACUUCCACUAUGAUCUGGUCCUCAGAGCUCAGCCUCCGCCAACAGUGAAAACUGUCCACUUCAGCACUUCUUUGGGCAGCAGCCAUUCUGUCCUCAUUAAAUUCAUCAACUACUCUCGAUUCAGAACUGAGUACUAAUGCAAGGUAAGAAAAUAUGAAACAGAACCUCAUGACUUAUAAAUCCUUAGUGCACACCAUGUUUCUAUUUUAUGGACAAGGCUUGUUUUUACUCCAUGAAAUUAGUAGUUGUUGCACAUUUUUGAAGGACUGACCCAUGUAUAAGGACUGAUGUCAGUCGAGCUGCCUCAGGAUAAAUGAUUACAAAGAUAGCUUUGACUUGGAACCCUGUGAUGUGAAUAAAAACAUUAGCACAUUAGCAGUGUCAAAAGUUGGUAUCUAGUAUUUUAUUUUUAUGAGUUACUGCUGUAUCUCUAACAAAGGUUAGAAGUUAAAUGAUUGGCAAAAGAGAUUUGUUUUGAUAUGUUUUCCAAUCAUGACUUCUCUGUGAUGUGAGACUCAUGAGGCAACAUUUUCUACACAUCAUACCAUUCAGUUGGAGAGAAAUUCUUUUCAAAGAAAACCUUACACAUGCUACAGACUAAUAAAUUCUUUCUGUUGUUUUGCUGUGAUGGAUCAUGUUGAUUUUCUCCCACCUGCAGACGAAUAUGUGAGUAGAUGAGUAUGUUAGUGCUGCUCCGGGUUCCCAGGUGGGUUCAGAGGCCAGUGUGGAGGUUCGUUUUGAACCUCAUCAGCAGGGAGAAGUGAGGGGCCAGCUCACCUUGUCCUCAGGAAUUGGUGGAGAAUGGAUCUUCCCCAUACUAGGAAUCUGCCUCCCCCCAAGCCCCAGCAUCAAGGUGGGUCGCAGCAUCACUAUCCCUUUCAAGACUGUUUUCCUGCAUAACACUUCUUUUUCUUGCCAGGUAAAGACUUGAUAACUACAGCACAGUAAAAUAAGUAGUCUCAGAAAAUUAUUUUGGCAUAGUCACAAGAGGAAAAUGCUGUAAUUUGACUAUUCCACUUUUAAUUUUAGACUACUCUUCACAUCUCCCACUUUUUAAAAUUAAAUUAAAUUCCUCCACUUUAGAUCGUAAUUUGAAUUCAGAUUGUGAUUUGUAUGACCUUGCCUCAUGUAUCUUAUUCCUAGGUUGACAACCCUUGCUUCAUUGUCAAAGGAGUUGACACUGUCCUGUCCAAGAAGACCGACAACAUCCUGGUCUCUUUGAUGCCUCUUCUGUUAGCUCUGCAGGACCAUGGUACAGCAGGCUGACCAUCACCAGCCAGCAUUCAGAGUACCACAAACCUUGCUCAUGGGUCUAUUACUUAAAGGGGUACCGCCCUGAGUCAUCUUAAAUAGACAUAAACAAACACCAACACAUGCAGUUCACUUUGCAGACAAACAAAUUCGAAGCAAAACAGAUGUCAAAAGAGAGGCACAUGUGGCACCACCAACGAUAUGAACACCA